CCCACCCCCCACCACCACCUUGCGUUAACUUUUUUUCGCGAUAACAGUUUGUAGCAAUUACCUACUCGCUGGCCGCCCUCCAGCACAUCUACGAAGCACGCUUUUCUCCACGGCUGUAUUUGCCUUUUUUCUCUCGCCUUCCCACCCCUCCCCGCAGUAUUUUUUCUGGCUGCCGUGCGCUAACCUCAAGUGAAGAGGCUGAUACAGGCGAUGCUACAUCUGAUGCUAAUGGGCCUACCUGGAAGAGAAAAUCCAUUCAGGAAAGACUCUUCUUCAUUGCCUCAUCCUAUGGAGGAAUCACCACUGCCCAUCUACAUUGAGGAGGGGACAGAAGUCCCGAUUGAAAGCAGAAAUAUGGCAACAAAGGAAAAGCUUCAGUGCUUAAAAGAUUUCCACAAGGACAUCCUCAAACCUUCCCCUGGCAAGAGCCCGGGGACACGGCCUGAGGACGAGGCAGAGGGAAAGCCGCCCCAGCGGGAGAAGUGGGCGAGCAAGAUUGACUUCCUGCUGUCCGUGGCUGGGGGAUUUAUUGGUUUAGGGAAUGUCUGGCGGUUUCCGUAUCUCUGCUACAAAAACGGCGGAGGUGCAUUUCUUAUACCUUAUUUCAUUUUCCUGUUUGGGGGAGGUCUUCCCGUGUUUUUCCUGGAGGUGGUGCUAGGACAGUAUACCUCUGAAGGUGGAAUUACAUGCUGGGAAAAGAUCUGCCCUAUUUUCACUGGAAUUGGUUAUGCUUCCAUAGUGAUUGUGUCCCUUCUGAACGUGUACUACAUUGUGAUCCUGGCCUGGGGACUCUACUACCUGUUCCAGUCGUUCCAGAGCGUCCUGCCGUGGGCACACUGCCACCAGAAGUGGAACACACCAACCUGUGUGGAAGACACUCUCAGGAAGAACAAAACCCUCUGGAUAUCACUGAAUGCCACUAACUUCACCUCUCCUGUCACAGAGUUUUGGGAGCGCAAUGUACUGAGCUUGUCCUCAGGAAUUGAAGAUAUUGGCAUUAUCAAGUGGGAUCUAGCCCUGUGUCUUCUCCUCGUCUGGGUGAUAUGUUUCUUCUGCAUUUGGAAAGGAGUCAAAUCCACUGGGAAAGUAGUGUACAUCACUGCCACAUUCCCAUUCAUCAUGCUUCUUGUUCUGCUUAUCCGUGGUGUGACCCUGCCUGGAGCUGCAGAAGGCAUCAAGUUUUAUCUUUAUCCUGAUAUCUCACGGUUAGCCGACCCACAGGUUUGGAUAGAUGCAGGGACACAAAUCUUCUUCUCAUAUGCAAUCUGCUUAGGAGCAAUGACUUCCCUGGGGAGCUACAACAAGUACAAAUACAACUGCUAUAGGGACUGUUUGCUGCUGGGAUGCCUGAACAGUGGUACCAGUUUUGUGUCUGGCUUCGCAAUUUUUUCCGUCCUGGGCUUCAUGGCACAAGAGCAAGGGGUGAACAUUGCUGAUGUGGCAGAGUCAGGUCCAGGCCUGGCUUUCAUUGCCUACCCAAAAGCUGUGUCCAUGAUGCCACUGCCCACCUUUUGGGCAAUCCUUUUUUUUAUUAUGCUUCUGUUGCUUGGACUGGAUAGCCAGUUUGUUGAAGUUGAAGGACAGAUCACGUCAUUAGUUGAUCUGCACCCAUCCUUCCUAAGGAAGGGUUACCGACGGGAAAUCUUCAUCGCUAUAGUAUGUUUCCUUAGCUAUCUUCUGGGACUAACUAUGGUGACUGAGGGUGGCAUGUAUGUUUUUCAACUCUUUGACUACUAUGCAGCUAGUGGUGUAUGCCUUUUGUGGGUUGCAUUCUUUGAAUGUAUUGCUGUAGCCUGGGUUUAUGGCGCUGAUAAUAUUUAUGAUGCCAUUGAGGAUAUGAUUGGAUACAGACCUGGUCCCUGGAUGAAAUGGAGCUGGAUUGUGAUCACACCAGUUCUUUGCGUGGGGUGCUUUAUCUUUUCUUUAGCCAAGUACAAACCACUGACCUACAACAAGGUCUACACAUACCCAGACUGGGCAAUUGGUCUGGGCUGGGUUCUUGCCCUUUCCUCCAUGAUCUGCAUCCCUAUGGUGAUGGUCAUCCGCAUCAUACAGUCAGAUGGGUCACUCAUUGAGAGGAUAAAAGCUGUGGCUGCCCCCAAGGAAGUGAAUCGGUGGUCCAAAGAAACAGAGAGUGGCACCCCCUUCUGCCCCAAUGGAACUUCAAAUGGUGGAUUGAUCAAGCCAACUCAUAUCAUUGUGGAAACCAUGAUGUGAGCUCUCUCUGUGAGAGGAUAAACCUGCUUUAACUGCCGUUUACUAACCAUAGAUUCUCAUAGGACCAGGUUUACAGAGCUUUAUAUUUGCACUAGGAUUUAUUUUUAUUUCUCACAGAGAAAGUUAUUUUUUGUGUGUGUUUUGUUUUGUUGUUUUUUUUUUUUAAUAUUUUGUAAGGUAAUCACUGCAGAUGUCUCUCUGUAGAGGGAGAGCUUUCAUAUCAGACUAGACAUAUUACAGGAAUUUACUAUUAUUGGGUUUUUUAAAUAUAUAUAUAUCUUUAUCUCUAAAUAUUAUACACCUUACCACUUGAAUUGAUUGUCUUGCCAGCAAUAUAUUCAAGUUUCAGAAAGCAAUUUUAGGUGCUGGUGUGGUUGGGAGCAGGGUAACCUACAGAACACACAAAAGGAGAUCUGUUGAGGGAUGUGAUUAAAAACAAAGACGCUGUUUCAAGAGAAUUUUCAAAGGUGUAGUAUUUCCACCCUCUGGUUCAGUUGUGGUAAAUGACAGGCUUUGGGGUCACAUUAGGGAAAGGGCACAGUUAGGUUUAGCUUAGUCCCUGAGUAAUGAUACAGCCAGGCAGCUGGAGCAGAGUUUGUGAGGAAGGCACAGAAGUUGAGUGUGAAAAGCCUUGUGGCUGUCCCUCCAAAGUGCUGGGACCAUGUCACACAGAUGAGAGGAGGACUUUAGGAAGAUGUUUGCAGGAUUAGACAUGGUUCACUGGUUUUUUUCUUGUUUUGCUUUGGGUUUUGGGGUUUUUUUUUUGUAAGUUUUUUAAUAUUUUUCAGUCUUUUGGGGGUUUAUUUACUUAAAUGAAAUAUCUGCUGUUUGUGUGUGAGUGGGGAGCUUGUUUACCUGCUCCUGAGUUUUCCAGCAAAACUUAUUUUAGUGUGGUGGCACUGGUGUAAACUUGAAUUCUGCAGACUGGGAAGGCCACAGGGACAAGUAGCUGAGAGGUGAAAAGCAGCACCUGCCCUCUUGGGCCUUCAGAUGUUCAGUUGCUUAUUUGUUUCUGUGUUAAUUAUUGGACUUUGGUCUGGGGCAGAAAAAAUAAUCAUUUUCGGACUCUGACCGUCCAAAGGUGAACACAAACCAGGUCAUCCCCAACAGGAGGAACAAAGCCACUCACCUACACCUGGUAUAACCAGUAUUUGCAACAGACACCUUGUUAAUAAUAAUAAUACUAAUGACGGUAAUAAUAACAGUCAGCAAACAGGUCCUUUUGACUUCUGUAUCUCAAAAAUGCUUUGCCAAGUUUGAUAUCCAGGAUUUACUUUAUUUAUUUAUUUUGAUGGGGUAGGUUGCUGUUGCAGGAACAGACAAAAGGACUAUGUCCCUUGUCACAUGUUACUAAAUAGCAGCAGUGGACCGAGGGCCCCCAGUCUCCUUGCCCAUAAUUGGGUUAAACUAUAGGGGGGGGGUCUUUGGGGGGCUUAUUUUUUGAGGGGUAGGAUAGGGGGUGGAGGGUGGGCAGCAUAUUUAUGAAGCUGAUGAAUCUUAUCUACUAAAGAAACAGGGUUUUAGGAUUUUAAGUUAAAGCAAAGGGAACAUGAAACACUGAACUGUUCUGUCUUUGGUCAGCAGAAGUUGUCUACUGUUCAGGUUAGACUGGGGAGUGAUGAGACACCACUACAAGGGGAGUGCAGGACUGGGGGUUCUGCUUUGUGUGGGCCAGGUAGAUGGUUCCGAAUUGCUCCCUGAAGACUGUCUAAAACAAGGGUAAAAGCUGUUUGGUUUUUUUGUUUUUUUUUUCUUUCAGGGUUUUUUUUUCUGUUUGGUUGAGGUUUUUUUAAAUUUUUUUAAUUUUUUUAAACUUCAGCAGGUUGUGCUGGGAACAGGUUCUCUGAAGAAAUUAAGCUUUUUCCUGUGGGCAUUGUAUUAGAGGGAGAGGUUUUUUUUUUUUCUUAAUAUGAUACCACAGUUAAUCUAUCCAAAGGUAUUUAGAGGAAAUAGUUGAUAAAAGCAGAGUUCCUAUCUGCUUUUUCUGCUCUCAGCUUAGUUUGUCAGGGCAGGGUUUGUCAUUUAAACAGGAACAUGUCCAGUUCUUAACAUUCCUACACAGCAGUUUUGGGGUUUUUUUGUUUGUUUGAGGGUUUUGUCCCAUGAGAUAACUGGCUGUCCUGUGACAGAAAUAGGGUAAUUUAGAAGAGAUGGACCAAAAUAAUUUAAAAUAAAAAUAAAAAUAAAAAAGGAAAAAGAGGCUGCUUCUGUAGCUUUCAAAAUCUUUCUAGCUUGACUUCUACACAUUUUUACAUUAGACAGGUGAGUUGCAGCAACAAACCAGCAGCCAUGGAAGAAUUGCCUUUGUUUUCCUUUUUCUUGUUGCUGUAUUAGGAGCAUUAUAAACUUUUCUAUAGCUAGAGAUAGCAAACAUCUAAUGCCACCUGCUGGGCCAGUGGCAAUAGCCAUCCAGAGUUCACUGGAGAAAUCUGUUGAGGCAGGUGUCAUCUAAUUGCCCAAAAGAAGCAAGUAUGCAUAGAACUAAUUUAUUUUUUUUUUAAUUCGCCUUUAAGCAUCAAAGGCAAGGAAAUGUAAUCAAAGAUAACUCUCUUAGUAGACUCCAGCUUGGACCCUCAUUUUUGAGCUACAGUUAGCAUCUUCGCUUGCCUGGGCGAAGAGAGAGUAGUGGAUUGGGGAGGGGGAGGGUGUCUAAAUGAAUGGUUUCUGUGAGUUCAGAUGAAACAGUGAUACUUUAUUAUUUUUAAUUCUUUUUUAAUAUGUAUAUUGUCAUACAACUGAGUUUGAGAUAGAGUUUGCACUUUUGUGCUACAGAGCUGAGACAAACUUUAGUUAGGGGAAAAAAAAGUGGUUUGGCUACCUGUCUCCAGCCAGUCAGCUGGGCAUUGAGCCAUCUCCCACAUUGGGGAGAAUGUCUUUGUGUGAAGAACCAGAGGGCUAAUGCUACACCUUUCAAAGUCCAACUGCUAGAGAACUAAAGCCCAGCCCCAUUUUGAUAUAAACUGUGCCAUUCAAAUCAGUCGCUUCCAUGUACCAAGUGAAAAUGUCUCAUAUGCAACAACCUCACUGAAGCGUCAACUCCUCUGGCAACUCCUCUGGCCCCACUGUGCUCUUGAGCAUGACUGCAAGGGAGGGCUGGAACUCAUAAAGAGCUAAGAAAUUAUUGUUUCUGGAAAACAGUUCUUCUCUUCCCUCCCCUUCGAAAAGAAAAAAAAAAAAAAAAUCUUCUUGGUUUAUCUUCUGGGGUUUGAGUUCCAAUGAGCACACUCACGUUUUUACAGUUUUGUUUUUUUCCUAACACCUUUGUUAUCAGAUUUCUGAACUUUUAUUGGUGAUGAAUUUGCAUUUCAACAUGAUCUGCUGCCAAAUUUAUUAAAAAAUAAUUUUUUAAAAAAGUCUGUGUUUUCUACCUAUUUCUGACUGCAAAUACAACUGGCUUUUUCCACCGAUACGACUUUUUUUAACAGUGGUACUGUAUUUUACUUGUUUUAUGUAAGUGAGGAACUCUGUAUUAAACUAUCAUGACUAGUCAUAGAUGAACUGGUUUGGAUCCAGGGAAAGUUAAUGCAGUUUUUCCAUGAGAUCUUUAGGACAAGAUCCCUGCGUUAGAAACCAGAAUAAAACAAGACAAAACCAACACAUUUUCAUAUUUCAUGUACUCUUGUGUUCAUGGAUUCUUCUGGGCUUGAAAAUAGCAGGUUUUCAGCAGUGUUUAUUUCCAUCUGAACUGAAAUCAAGAGAUACUAGAAAUAUAAGGGGGAACGUUUACCCCACAAGAUUCUCUGACCUGUUUCUUAUUUUUCGGGAUUUUCCAAACUUUUUCGGUUCACCUGUCACUAGUUAUGAUCUCACUGAAUGGGCAUCUAUUGUAAGGGACUCUACCAUUAGUUGGUAUUUCGGUAUUUAAACAAUAUGAUUUCAUAAAUAGAACUGGUUUUUACUGUUGUUACUGUUCUCAUUUACCUUCUCAGCUGUAGCUUUCCUUUUCAUUUGGUCCAAACAGAUCAACAAGCUUAGAAAAGUCCUCUUGAUAGUGUUAAGAUAGUAGGUCCACAAUGGAUUUGUUCUUGUGUUUGUAAAUGAAAAUACAACAGCUGAGCAGCUGUAUUUGCCAUGUGGAACAACACUGGUGGUCACCCUGCAGCAACAACAGCAGUGCAGCUCCUGGAGUGGAGAAGAGUUAGAAAUGGACUGCUGAAAGAGCACAGCAAAACUGAUUUUCACUGCUGUUCUUAAAGAGAGGAGGAAAAGAAGAAAAAAUUUUUAAAAGUGCAGCCUUAUGAUUUCUGUAACACCAAAAAAAGCCCCUGCAACCAUCAACAGAGCCUUUAAUGUCACAAUCAGGAUCCCACCCUCUGCAGCCAUGUCGGGUCCUGUGUGCAUCCUCCUUUCUCCUGGUUCUUUUCUCUGUCUCAGCCUUAGGCAGCUCAAGUAGAUCUGAAGACACAUGGACAUUUCCAUUUGAUAGGCCUUUGACAAGUCUCCUCCCAGGCUGCUUUCAUUUGCUAAGGAGACUUACAGUUUCAUUGAGGUUGUGCUUACCACACUUGGGUUCAAAGCUCCCACCUGUCACAUCAAUGGCAAAACUCUAUCCAUGGGAGAAGAAUUUGAACAUUUUAAAAUAACUGACUAUUAGCUUCCACGUCUUGUGGUCACUGCAGGAUCACUCACGGAGGCGUAAUGUAUAUAAAAAUGUUAAAUAAGCUGUGUAUUGACUGGAGUGGACAAGUUAGUUAAGCAGCUCAAGUACACUUGGAAGAAAGAUGACUCUGACAUCAUUUCCAGGAGAUUCAAUGGAAGUUGCUAACUUUCAGUAAAAAAAAAAAAUAAAUAAAUGAAUUUGUGUUUAAGUAGACUAGUAGAUGAAAUCUUUUACCCUCAUAUGCACACACACAAGGGGGGAUGUUGCUUCUAUGUGUAGCUUGCAAAUCCUGUGUGUAAGUCUUGCAGAGCUGUUUAGGAUGAGGUCUCAGACAUUGUAGGCAGCACUUGCCUGCAAAGAGCCAACCUGUCAGGUUGUCUAGAUGGCCUUUCCUACAUUGGGGGUGGUGGAAGAGGGAAGGCAAUGACAAAAUCCAAGACAGUGGCUCCUCCAAGGAAGCCUUGAAAAUUUUCCUGGCUCCUUGAAAGCACCACAUGGCUCCUGGAGUGGGAGGUUGAUUGUGGUGGGCUUCAGGCCUUGUUUUCUCCAAAAAUCAGCAUCCAAAGCCUUGUGGUUAGGUUUGAUGUGUAGUUGUGUAGUUGUGUAUUUGCAUGAGCCAAGGUAAGGAUCUGUAAGAUCCCAGUAGCUUGUUUGUUUCUUGUAUUCAAAGAUAAGCUUGAGAAAGAAAGUGUUCAGUUGCUUCAGUAACACUUGACACUUAAGAAACCCAUGAACCAGUGCGAAAAGAAGCUCUCUGAGAUCCAUACUUUGGCCACAAAAAUUUUCUAUUGGUACCAAUGGUCAACGUAAAUUUACUGGAAAGCAGCUUCCAGCACAACCAGCAGUAACCCCAGCUGGAAAACUGCCUGUUCCACCUCUACAUGCUCCACCAGAUCCUGGCUUUUUUUUUUUUUUUCCUUCCCAAAAUAAGCCUGCAAAUGGACAAUGCUGUUCUGCCCUGAAAAAAAUUAAAAACUAAAAUUCUGAAUUUGUUUGUUUCUAUUAAAAAAAUAAGCAGAAAGGUAACAGUGGGGUUGUGUGAUUUUUUUUCCAACUGUUGGUGUGAACCAGUGUUUUCAAUUCAGCUGUGUCCUCAAACAAGGACAGAAAAAGCUUUAGAUGUCAUUUGGAAAAAAAAAUAUUAAAAAUCAAAAUUUUGCAGGUUGAAAACUUUAAGAAAACAAAUCAGUCCCCCCAUCCCCAUCAUAGGUGGAAACUUCAGUGACAGCUUGCAGCUGGGAAAGAGCCUAACCCUGCAGGUAGUGCUGGGCUACUGAACAGAAUCACAGAGAGGAGCUUUUUUGUUCCUCUGUUCUGUGCUAAUUUGAUAUAAUCAGUAAAAUUGACAGAAUUUAAUCACCACAAGCUUUAUACAGCCCUGACCUUUAGAAGUAAAGCAAAUUAAAAAUGUUUUGUUUAAAGGGGCAAGUUUCUGGGGGCUUCCUCCCCAUGGUUUGGCUCUUUGGUGCACUGUGGGGCAUCACUGCUCACUUUCCUACUUGCAGCAGAGGGAAACCAUGGCCCAACUUGAAAAAAUCAGAAGAAAUAAUGGGGAAAAACAUAGUAAAAAAAAAAAAAUAAAAAAAAAAAAAAAGUGAAACUUGAUUAUGCUAAGGAGCUGUGCAUGUGUGCUUUUGUGUGCGUGCGUAUGCGGGGAAGGCUCUGGUUCUGUGGCAUAGUACCUGUUAGCAUGAUACUUACUGUUUCUGAAUCUAUCUGCUUCUGCAGUUGAGAUGUUAAAAAGACUUUUUUCAAUAUAUUAAGAAAAAAAUAAUUAAAAAAAAUAUGAGAACAGUGGCAAAAUCAUGUUGAGAGGCUGAAAAAAAAAAAAAAAAAAAAAAAAA